AUGCGCGCCGAGACUCUUCUUGCCCUGUUGCCCGCGAUCGGCGCCCACGGCAUCCGCAUCAUCCAGGCCAAUGAUGAUGGUUGGGCCGAGCAAUACGCCCGAUCGUUUCAUAAUGCCUUAAUUGCCUCGGGACACGACGCCGUCCUGUCUGCACCCGCCGAGAACAAAUCCGGAACGAGUUCGCUCGAUGUUGAGCCUAGCCCUAGGACGACGGCAUGCCAGUAUAACAGCUGCCCUGCCAACAGCGGCCCUAUUGGACGCGAUGCGGCCUCACCGCGUCUGAAUUGGGUCAACUCCUUCCCUGUCACGUCCAUGCGGUACGGCAUCGAUACCAUCGGCCCCCAGCUCUGGAACGGCGAAGCCCCUGAGCUGGCCGUCUCGGGCCCCAACGUCGGCAGCAACUUGUACCUGGCCGUGCAUUUCUCCGGCACUGUCGGUGCCGCCGUCUACGCGGCCAAGAACGAGAAGAUCCCCGCCCUCGCCUUCUCCGGUGCGUCCGACGGCACUCUGUCCUACGCCAGCCCCGAGGCCCAGCGUAGCAAGGUGUACGCCGAGCUGGCCACGACACUCACCAAUGCUGUCAUUGCGAGCGGCAAGCCAUACCUCCCGGAGGACGUCUUCCUCAACGUGAACUUCCCCAAGGUCGAGGGCCAGUGCACUGAGGCUAGCCAGUUCAAGUGGGUUCUGAGCCGUAUCAACGUCGGCCUGUUCUCGUCUCCGGAUACCAAGCAGUGCGGAGAGACGCGGCUGCCCACCGAGACGUCUGUUGUGGACACGGAUGGCUGCUACAUUUCGGUCAGUGUGGGAGAUGCCAACGACAAGACGACCGCUCCGGCGGAGAAGCAGGCUGUGGUGCUGAAGAAGCUGCAAAGCCUGUUGACCUGCUUGCCUUGA